AAUAUUAAAAUUGAUUAGGGAUCUUGCGCGCAGUUACUUCUGGAGCUAUAAGACAAUGCAUGUAUUAAUUUAAAUUGGUCAUUUAGCAGUAUUUAAAUCUCUGCACAAGUCUUUUAUUGACAAUACUCAGAUACUUUCUGUUGAACAAGUCUUCCUUAGAUUGAAUCAAGCAGGUUAGUUGAUAUGCACACAAAAGCACAAAAUUUAGUAAAUUUUAGAAAUUUAAGCUCCGGUAACUUGCACAUAUUAUAUACUGACAUUGUCAGUUCAGAAACAAGAAGACUUCUUCGUAACUUGAAUUAGUCACCGGCUUUUAGCUAUAAGUAGUUCAGAAGCUAGAGGGGUUUUCGCUACAUUAAUUAAAUUAUCUGGUGGUAAAAAUCUUACUGCGUAAAACAUCAAGGAUUUGUUUACAAAAUGGAAAAUCUCAGUCUGUUUCUGCUUCUUCUAGCUAUUAUUAUGUGCCCCAUUGCCACGGCUAAUGGUCCCGAUCCCUUGCAAGAUUUUUGUGUCGCAGACUUCAGUAGCUCAGCACCAAGAGUCAAUGGAUAUGCUUGCUUGGACCCGAAACUUGUUAAAGCAGACCACUUCUCAGUAGGAGGGCUGCAUCUGGAUGGCAGCACGUCGAAUUCCCUUGGCACUUUUGUUAACAGAAUCACCGUAGCUGAAUUGCCUGGACUGAAUACACUAGGUCUGUCUAAUGUACGUGUCAACUAUGCACGACAUGGUGUAGUCCCUCCCCACAUACACCCUCGUGCCACUGAGAUAUUAACAGUUCUAAAGGGCCGCCUUCGUGUUGGAUUUGUCACUGGAAACCCUGAGAAUAGGCUUAUAACAAAGGUUCUUGGAGAAGGUGAUGUGUUUGUCUUCCCUAUGGGGCUUGUUCACUUCCAACAAAAUGUUGCAGAGGGAAAUACUACUGUACUAGCUUUCUUAAGCGCUGCAAACCCUGGGGUGAUCACAGUCGCCAAUGCUGUUUUUGGAUCAAAUUCACCGAUAGGUGAUGAUGUACUAGGAAAGGCAUUCCAGGCAGAUGCUAGGACCAUUAAAGCUUUCAAAUCUCAGUUUUAAGUAUUCAUUCACAGAUAUGUAGUUUGCUAGUAUGAGUCUAUAUUGAUUUUUUUUAUUUGUUUAAGUUAUAAUAAAAUUUGUUUCUUUACAAUGGAUUUAGCAUUGGAC